AUGCCGCACAGUAAAGUGGAAAGGCAAGAUUUUGAUGGAGUGAGCCGAGACGCGACAUUGCUGACAUGGGGUAAAACAGAAACCCGACGGACUCAAGAACCACUUUCGGAAUUCUUUCACUCAAACCAAGCUGGAGCCACAUACGAGGGUCAGCACAGCAGCGCAGGGGAGAACACCCGUUCUAAGAAAAGGACGAGUGAUCAGGCCGAGCUCGGCCCGCCAGCUGACAGCCUGUAUCUCAUCCAGCGGGGGGAAGACAGUGCCAAGAAGCUUGAAGAUAACAAUGUCACGGAUGCAAGCGAGAAAUAUGCCAGGAAACGGAGGCACAAGACUAGACCAGACAGAUACGAAUACAAGGACACAAUCGAAAAGCCUUCGAAGAAGUGGGAGUUGAAGAUGAGGGUAAAGAAAAGGUCGGCAGGUCCACUAAAUCACGAUUUUCAGGCCCCAAACGUGGCCAGCGAAAGGUUAACACUCAAGCCCAAUUCUGGACCAGGGUUUCUUGACAAAGGAAAAUCUUCGGCCGACGCAGGGAAGAGGGAACUGCCGGAUCUGACCUUCUCGGAAAUGACAUUUCUCAAAAGAAAGAGGCUGGAGGAUGAUGCACGCUUUCCCAGGUUGAAAGAACAGAGUCUCAGAAAGCAAAGCUCCGAGUCGCUACGUCGUGAGAUCUCUGAGUUCUUUUCUCCACCAGCAGGGAUGGGACACGAAGGAGAAUGUUUGAGCAGAAAGCGUUCGUCCGAAUCCUUUGUCUCAUGGUCAGCCUUGCCCCUACAGAACCAACAAUUGAGUUCAGCCGCGCAGCCAUGUAGAUCAGAAAGCAUUCGUCGUCACGAAGCCCACAGUCGAACUGCUCCAUCAAUGGUUCGUCCACCGAGUUUCUAUGGCGAUGACCGUCUGGAAAAAUUCACAACCAACGCACUCUUACAUGGAGUCGAAGGCUUUGCCACAAGAGAAAAGAGAUGUUACUCGUUGAGCGAUCUGAAGAAGCUAGCUGCGCAGGCGGCCUCGGACCUUGCUGAAGACGAGGGACCUCGUCAUGAUAUUUAUACGGUGAGCAAUGCCAAUGCCUCGACCAAUCGGUUGCACUUGUCGAUGCCUCCUAUAUCGACGAAGAUCCGAGAUUCUCCUCACCUAACCAGGUCCCGGUCACACCGGAAUCUGUCUCAGGCUGCAGACGACUGCAACGAGGUGGAAACUGGGUGUCCCGGGAUGCAACCUUCGAACCACAAUCGAGGACAGUCGCACUGGGGCAGAGGCAAGCCGGAUAUUGAUCGAAUCACGUCUCCCAAGUCUGUGGCCCGAAGGCAACUUGUUGGCCCUGCCUGCUGCCCUUGGCCUUUGUGCAAAAACACUUCGGAAAUGCCAGGGUCAUCUUAUCAUACCCGUUACUCAAAAAACCAAUCCACGGACGACGUAUUCCCUGUGCGUGCGGACAGUAACUUGGAUAUACAGGGACGUGCCGCUGAUGCUACCCAUACCACUUGUCCGCCACCAGCAGAGACAACCGUCGCUAGAAACUCGAUGAAUGAAGCCGAGGCAUUGGAUACUCUUGUUGGGUCCUCAGGCGACUUGGAUGAGUUUGACAGAAAGCUGUUGCGACUAGGGACUGAGCUGGCGCUGUCGGAUUCGGAAGUCAUUGGUGACCGAGAGUCUCGCCUAUAUGGAAUCGACGUCGAAACGUCUUCCCGAGACGUAGGUGGCUCCUGGUGCGACUCUGCCCUGGACAGGGCUCCAGAUCGACAGCGAACCCAUGACUCGGUCAGAAGACAUUAUAUACGUAACGUACCAAUGGACAGCUCCCUGUCCCACGACUGCCACGAACUGUCUCAAUUGCACCAUCAUGUACCUCAGGGUGCUCCCGAGGCAUUCUCGGGAAUCCCUCGGCGACACAUUCUAUAUUGA